AUGGAGAAAUUUCUGCGCUCCUGGCGCCAGGAUGCAUUGAAUCGAAGCCAGCAUGAUACGGCCAUCUACAUUGGAGAUAAAGUGCUUGCCUUGACCAACAGUGACUCCGAUGCAUUCUGGCUAGCGCAGGUUCAUUUUUCGAAUAAUAACUACACACGAGCCCUGGCUCUUCUGUCUCGGAAAGACUUGAUCUCACGAAGUACCGCCUGUCGCUAUCUGGCUGCCCAUUGUUACAUCAAACAAAACCACUUUGAACAGGCUCUGUCGGUUCUCGGUGAAAAUAAUCCCACGCAUCUGAUCCGCAGUACCAAUAGCCGUCGCAAAUUGCAGCACAUCAACGGUCAAAGCCAUGUAACCCUACGGAAUGGCAAGACCGCGGCUUCGCGCAUUGAUCGUAACGAGGAGAGAGAACGGGAGGAUGGGAACAAUAUUCGAUUCGAGGCUGCCAUGUGUUACUUACGAGGACUCUGUUUUGCAAAGCAGAAUGUGUUUGACCGCGCACGCGACUGCUAUAAGGACGCUGUACGCAUCGACGUCCAGUGCUUUGAAGCCUUCGACCAGCUCAUGAAGAACUCGCUUAUGUCGCCUGCCGAAGAACUUGAAUUCCUGGAAUCUCUUGAUUUUGACUCGAUUUCCAGCCCGGAUCCGUCCGUGGCCCAAGAAGCCGCCCAUUUUACGAAGAUGUUGUACACCACCCGACUAUCAAAAUACUCGUCGCCGGCAAUUCUGUCGGAUGCAACGGAGACUUUAUCCACCCAUUAUAAUCUAUCCGAAAAUCCCGAUAUCCUUCUCUCCCGUGCUGAAGCCCUCUAUACCCAAUGCCGCUUUGCGGAAGCCCUUGAAUUGACCUCCUCCAUUUUGUCAACUUCCCAAACGUCCACUGCGUUGGCUAACGCUACUGCGCCGCAUGUAUCUGCUCAGAGCCAUUUGGGACAUGCGCCUGCGGUCUACCCCUUGCAUUUAGCCUGCCUUUAUGAAACAGGCGCUACAAACGCGCUGUUUCUUCUGUCACAUACGCUGGCCGACCAUGCCCCAGAUGAAUCAUACACCUAUCUGGCCAUCGGCGUCUACUAUCUAUCGGUCUCCAAGAUUGCCGAGGCACGGAGAUUCUUCUCCAAAGCAUCAUUGCUGGAUCCGCACUCGGCACCAGCAUGGAUCGGAUUCGCCCAUACUUUCGCUGCCGAGGGCGAGCAUGAUCAAGCAAUCGCUGCGUACAGUACCGCAGCCCGCCUCUUCCAGGGAAGUCACCUACCACAACUUUUCCUUGGCAUGCAACACUUGGCUUUGAACAACAUGUCGCUUGCCCACGAAUAUUUGUGUGCUGCGUACGCAAUGUCAACUGGUGCGCCGUCUGGCUCUGUCUCUCUACCUGCUAUUACAUCUGCAGAAGGUCCAAGCUUGGGUGGAGAUCCGCUGGUCCUCAAUGAACUGGGCGUCGUUCUCUAUCAUCAAAAUCAUUUAGAAGGGGCCAUCGUACUUUUCCGACAGGCCCUUACUUUGGCCACCUCGCUUCACUGCGAACCGGGGGCCUGGGUGGCUACCCGAGCGAACCUUGCCCAUGCGUUGCGUCGAAUCGGUCGCUUUACGGAAUCUUUAGUUGAAUUUGAUGAAUGCCUCCGGAUCGGCGCCGCGGGGGCAAGCUUUGGAUAUAGUCCAUUUUUGGGAGGCAGCGGCGGUCAUGCAUCGGGCGUUGCGGCGUCAGGAGUUGGCGGAUAUGAGGACCGCGGACUCAUUGGAUCACUUCAUACUGCACGCGGUCUUGUUUUAUUAGAACUCGGCCGUACUAUGGAUGCUGUAACGGCGCUUCAUGAAGCCGUCCGCGUGUUGGGUGCGAGUGGUGGCGGGGAUGCUGCUGGUGGUGCCGGUAUUGCCGGGACGCUCCUCUCCCGCGCCCUAGAGAUCUGGGCCCUCGAAGGGCAUAGAGUUGAACCUGCACCGCGCGAUGGGGAUAGAGGAUCGUCGAGCCGAAGUUCCGUACGUGUGUCGCGCGACAAGGGAAAGGGCAAGUCUACCAGGCGGCGGGCACCCGCGGAGGGAUCAUUUGCGGAGGAAUGGACCGAUGAAGUGGCCCAAGUUGACUUGGCGGCUGAAUCGGAGACGCUGGAGCAGAAAGUAGAGAUGGAGCUAGACGACGAGGCGGACGGUCUCUUGCGCCAGGCGAUGGGCCGCACGCGAGAGGGACCUGGUCAACGACAACAUGGAUUGAGUCCGGAGGAGGAUCUCGGUGAGACCCCGGGGGCAGCAGGAAGACGUCAUCGCGGACCGAGAACAGUAAGGAAUAAUGCGAGACAUUGA